GCUGGGUGCCCAAGUUGCGCUAUGGGUAAUAAACUAAGCUGCUCGUGUGCACCGCUUAUGCGGAAGGCAUAUCGUUAUGAAGAUUCUCCUUGGCAAGCAUCCCGUAGGCGGGACGGCCAUCUCCUGAGGUUGUGGGCGGAAGUGUUUCACGUGUCAGCCAGCGGUGCCGGCACAGUCAAAUGGCAGCAGGUGUCGGAGGAUUUGGUACCGGUGAACAUCACCUGCAUUCAGGACUCGCCCGAGUGCGUGUUCCACAUCACCGCAUACAACAGCCAGGUGGAUAAGAUCCUUGACGUACGACUAGUGCAACCGGGGACACGCAUCGGGCAGGCCUCGGAAUGUUUCAUCUACUGGAAGGACCCAAUGACGAACGAUACCUGGGGCCUGAACUUUACAUCUCCGAUCGAUGCCAAACAGUUCCGUGAAUGUUGUUCGCCUUCUUUCAAAUUUUCACGAAAGGCCUCCUCAAGCUAUUCACUAAAACUUGAUCCACCUGGGAAGGGCAAGGUUAAGACGAAGAGGAAACCGCUCAGCACACCGGCGAGCCCGUCGCGAGCCCGGGAACCACAGUGCACCUGCAUGACCGCCGAACAGUAUGCCAGAAUUCGGGCCCAGGAUCCACGGUAUCGCGGAUCAUCCACCCUACCGAGGGCUACGAACCGGGCCACCGAGACGGAGACACUUCGUAGUGAAAAGAUUGCGACGGCCACCUCCAGCACCUCACUGUACGACAAUGUCGGAGCUAACAAUACUCAGGGAAAUACCAUCAAUAGUCAAGAAACUGGCCACAGACAGACAAAGUCCCAAGAAACAAGUACAAUGACCAAUGUUGGCACAGUCACCGGAACGGCCGUUACGCAGAACCAUGUCGGGUCGCAGAUCGGGCAGGAUGAAUCAGGCUCCACCAUGGGCAAUCAGCGCCCGGAAGAAACAUCCAAAUCGGAGGGGACACAGGCCGGUGGUACGUUGCAGCAACCGGAACGAUCAACCAAAACCACCUCCACCGGUACCGGCACUAGAACGAAGGACUUCAAUGAAGAAAUGCCUCGUGACCAGCACGACAUGCAUCACAACAUCAUCAACAACAACACGGCUAGACGAAACAAAUCCAAAAGCACUGAGGAUAUGAAUGUUGAUUCAUCUACCAUGAAGCGCAUGCUGAAACCGAUGCCAAGUGCCGAAAGUCCCGUGACAUCGCCGGAGAUGGGCAGACGUCGUUACAAUUACUAUAACUCCGCAACCAACACUCCUCAUACGCAUCAGCACACUAUUCACAAUGCACAUAUGUUAAACAAUAAUGGCACCAUUUCACGUAACGCUAGUCAGAGCUCCCGCUUCUCUGGCUCAAGAUCGUCGCACGAAAUAGGCAGAGGACAUCAGCACGGCGGACGUGGGCUUUAUCUAGAGCUGGAGCGCGAGCGAAGCUGUGUGGAGGGUUCUCCCCCAUCGGAUAACGUGAUGUUCGACAAUCAGUGCUACGCCACCACGCCCAGUUCGAGCAAUGGCAAUUCGGAUCAAGAUCAACCACCGUACGGACGGCAGAGUGGACGACACUCGCAUCACCAUCAGAACCCCCCGAACGUUACUCCUACUCCGGGCUCGCCAACUUCACGGUUGCUGCUAGAGUACGAGAUGCAUCUGAGGAAUACGCUGGCAAAGGGUAUGGAUGCAGAGUCGUAUAGUUUGCAUACGUUCGAAGCAUUGUUGUCGCAGAGCAUGGAGAAUUUGGAGCUAGCCGAAAGCUUGCCCGGCUCCAAUCAACGAAGCCCAUACCCCAUUCGUAGAAGCAGUGCCAAAUCAUCGACACUUCCGCUGCCACACCGACUGGGCGGAAACGGCGAGCGUCCGGUGACAGUUCGGGAGCGUGAUCGCGACCGCGACGGAUACUACAGCGAUCGCAACGAGCUGAUACGUGAGCGUGAGCGAGAUCGUGACCGAGACCGCGGUUACCUUAGUGACCACAACUCGAACAGUUACUCAACGACGACCCGUUGCGCAUCGUGCAUUGGCGAGUCGGCUCGUGCUCAGUGGUUCCGGCACUCGGACGGUUGGCGCUCGGGAAGCUCCACGUUUGGAUCCGGGUCCGGGCCAGGAUUGGUUUCGUCGCAGAGCAACGCCGGCGGUGGUCACAAACGGUCCCCAUGGGACUCUCUGCCAUCGCUACGGCAAGACUCGAGCCUAAACGACUCGGGCUACAAAAGCAAUCGAGCAGAUUCAUUCGAGCAAAGAGGUGUCUUCGACAGACAAGACAGCUUGCGCUCGGACUACAUGAGCGAUAGAGAGCCACGCUACGGAAUUGUGCAACAAGCAUCGAUCGACAGCACCGAUUCGCGCUUAUGCUACUUGACGUCAUCAGAGAUAUCCGAUGACGAUCGCAUGAGCCUUACGACGGCCGUUUCGGAUGAGGACGACGGGGAAAGUGUAAUGGCCUCACCGUACAAAGCGAAAGCGACCGGUACGGCGGCCGCAUCCUUCAACUGUACCGGUGCCGUGCGAAAGGCUGGCUUCCUGUCGGUGAAGAAGUGGCUGCUGCGCAAGAAGCAUCAGAUCGAGCUGGCCCGCAAGCGCGGCUGGAAGGGCUACUGGGUGUGCCUGAAGGGUACAACCCUGCUGUUCUAUCCGUGCGAUUCGCGCGAAGGCCGCUCGGUUGAGGCGGCCCCGAAACAUCUGAUCAUAGUGGACGGUGCGAUCAUGCAACCGAUACCGGAACAUCCGAAGCGGGACUACAUCUUCUGCCUCAGCACGGCGUUCGGCGAUGCGUACCUGUUCCAGGCGCCGUGCCAGGUCGAGCUGGAGAACUGGGUGAACAGCAUACACAGUGCCUGCGCAGCAGCGUUCGCUAGACAUCGCGGCAAGACUGGGACGCUGCAUCUGCUGCAGGAGGAAAUAUUCCGCCUCGAGAAAGCAAUAGAAUCGGAUCACAAGCUCAAGCAUAUGGCUGAUCUGCAGCAGAGUGUUGUCACCGAUGCGGACACACGCCACCAGAUCCAGCAGCAGAUCCUCCAGUGGGAAGAAAACCUCGAACGUCUGCACUGCGAACAGUUCCGUCUGCGCUGCUACAUGGCCUCGCUGCAGAACGGCGAGCUGCCCAAUCCGAAGUCGCUUCUAACGCACGUGUCACGCCCCACGAAGAAUACGCUCAACAAGCUCGGUGUCUUUACGGUUUCGUCGUUCCACGCGUUCAUCUGCGCCCGGUCGCCGUCGCUGCUGAACAAUCUGCUGGCGGGCCGGGGCGCUACCAAACGUCGGCCACCGAUUCUGUCGCGGUCGAACAGUGGCUCCAGCAGGCGCUCGAUGCAAAUCAACUCGCGCGAUGAGCCGGAAAAGAGCUACAAGGUCGCGCUGCCGGAAAACACCUUCGCCACGGUGUAUCUGCGCGAGGGCAUGUCGGUGGAGGAGUUCCUGGCGAGCGCGUGCAGUCGCAAGAAUCUCAACCCGAUGGAACACUUCGUGCGGGUGAAGAAGCGCCGGGAUAUGGAAGAUCACAACUACUUUGUUCCUCACAGAAACGAUUUGAUUGAAACAUAUCUACACACCCAUGAGGUAGUGGAAGUGUGCGCAAAAAUUUUAUAUCAAGUAGAACUACAACGAACAACGCUCGAGCAAAUGUGGGGCUUCUCGGUGGAGGCGGAACUGAUCGAGAACGCUGACCGGCAGGACGAGCUCUGCUGCUACGUGAGCCGCGUCGAGGACAAGAGUGUUGCCAUGCAGAACGGUGUCAUUAAAGGUGAUGAAAUAAUUGUGAUAAACGGUGCAAUCGUUUCCGACCUGGACAUGAUGUACUUGGAAAGUGUGCUUCAGGAAGAACAAGCCUUAUGCAUGAUGAUGAGAUCUUCCCGCACGGAACCACCGGAUCUCGUCGGCAUCAUGCGCUCUACCGAUGAUAUUAUCGAAUCGCUGGUGUGUCCUCCACCACCAUCGGAUCCACCGGUUAUCAGCGAAGAGAUGAUAUCAGGCCUAAUCGUUCCCGCACCUGGUUGGCGCAAGGAGGUCUAUUCACCCGAGGUCGAAAGCUCUCCAGCACCGUCCUCCAACGAUCCACACCUGUCAGCGAUGGACCGCUCGAAACCGUCGUCGCGCACCAGCAGCUUCGAGAUUGAGAAUCUGCUCAAAUCAGCUGAACAGGUAACCGGAUUCUGCCGGUCACCGCAGGAGACACGCAAAUCCAGCCCAACCGGUUCGGUCGCAUCAUCCGUGUCGAACGUCAUGCUGACCCCAUCGCGCCAGCUAACCGAUGCCGAGAAGCUACGCAAGGUUAUUCUCGAGCUGGUUGAUACCGAGAAAUCGUACGUGAAGCACCUGAACAACCUGCUCGAGUACUAUCUGGAGCCGCUGAAACGUGAAACAUUCCUGUCGAAUGCCGAAAUUACCGCACUGUUUGGCAAUAUCCAAGAGAUUGUUACAUUCCAGCGUCAGUUCUUGAACAACCUCGAAGAGGCGCUUGAUCUCGAGCCAGACUUCCAUCAGCUGGAGCACCCUAGUCAGUUUAAGAAUGUACUGUUCGCAAUCGGAUCUGCAUUUUUGUACUACGUUAACCACUUUAAGCUAUACUCGUCCUUCUGUGCCAGCCACAGCAAGGCACAGAAAGUUCUGCAUCCAAAUGAAGGCAAUCAAGCACUGCAGGAGUUCCUGGCCGCAAGAAACCCGAAGCAACAGCACAGCAGCACACUGGAAUCAUUCCUCAUCAAACCGAUACAGCGCAUUCUCAAGUAUCCGCUGCUGCUGCAACAGCUGCGCAACCUCACCGACCCGAAUGCGGCCGAGCAUCUGCAUCUGGUCGAGGCACUCAAAGGCAUGGAGAAGGUGGCGGAACACAUCAACGAAAUGCAGCGCAUCCACGAAGAGUACGGUGCGAUCUUCGAUCAUCUCUUCCGCCAGCACCAGAAGUCCUGCAAGCAACCGAUCGAUCUCAGCCCUGGUGAUCUGCUCUACUAUGGUGGCGUCGAGUGGCUCAAUAUCAGUGACUUCCUCGGCAAGAUAAAGAAGGGUCUCGAGCUACACGCGAUGUGCUUCGUCUUCAAGUCGGCUGUCGUGUUCCUGUGCAAGGAGCGUUUGCGUCAGAAGAAAAAACUCAUGGGUGUUUCGAGUAAGAACGCUACGAACGAGGUGGAGAUCAUCCGCUAUCAGGUGCUGAUACCGGUCACCGAGGUACAGGUAAGGGCUUCCUCCGCCAAGGACAUGGACUCACACUUCCUCUGGGAGCUGAUACACCUCCGAUCCCAGCUCCAACGCCGGUCGGAGAAAGUUUACGUACUAUCGAACAGUACCGCCGAGUUUCGCAACGCGUUCCUCAAGACAAUCCGACAGAUCAUACGGGAAAGCGUUCGCAAUAUGUCGAUACCGUCGCUCAAGAGCAUGGGCGGCAGCACGAACUCGAUGACGGGCGUCGGAAAUUCCUCCGGAAAUUCGCAAACUCUCGAACGACCGAAGCAGCAGCCACAGAUCAUGCAGGGCUCCCAGACGCUUGGCAAGCCGAAGAAAUCCAAGAUCAAUCAGCGUCACUCGUCUGGAAAUAUCGACUACGAUAACACGACCUCGGGCAGCCAGGAAGCGGAUGAUCCACCGGUACCACAGUACAGCGGUCAGUUCCGUAUGCGCAGCAAGACGGUGGGCGAUGUCGGAGAGCAAGUAGCUGCCUGCAGACGGAACAUGAGCGAGCGUGAGCAGGAAAAACCGGACCCCGGCACCAAAUCGGAAGGGGAGGAUGAUUCGCAGCAGGGCACGGUUAAGCCGAAAUCGUCCCUGGGCAAAACACCGAAUCAUCUAACGCUGAGCACCACCUCUACGCUAUCUGUGGGCAGCACCGGCAGCCAGGCGCGCCUGAUACAGUCGUCCCAUCCGCCGGCCACCUACCAUCCGGUACUGAUGAAGGAUCUAGGAUCCCCGGUGUGGAAGCCUAGAGACAUGAUUAGUUUAAGUGACGCCCCGUCGACAUCACGUAAAGAUGAAAGUAAAUAAACUUUUCUCGUUACUCAACCCAUCUUUCGAAGCAAAACAUGCAAGAAACAAAGCAAACGCAAUGCCCAAUGAUACCCCAAAACAAAACCUUUCAUUAAAAAACCAUCCUUCCAGUCUCCUUUUCCCUUUACUAUCCUUCUUGAUUGCAACUUCCCACAGAUCGGGCAACUAACGUAAGACUCGAAUUGUUACCGAGUCUCCAUGACAGCGCACUAAAGCAAAUGGAUGCAGCUUAAAUCGGUUGGGAAUGAUAGAGAGCAAUAGAAGCAUCUCGCGAUCACUGUUGCAGUCGCGGACGCAAUUUGUCAAACGGCUGCUGAUGGCUAUAGGUAGAGCGCUGAAGUUUGGGGCAGAAACAAACAGAAAGAAAUAAACGUAGAUCGUUUUGCAUCUCUGGCACGGCAUGUGUGCAUGUAGGCAUUUUUAAGUACUACAAAUAACCGAGAUCGAAAAGUGAAGGCGCCAGAGAUGCUGCACACGAAAACAACUCGACCGUGAGCACAGGCGUAGGUGAAUCACACAGGUUUUCUUAGCCAUUAAGUUUGAUGGUUAUGGUUAUUGUGUUGAUCGUACCAUCGAGCAGAGAGUAGAGCAACAAGCGCAACAGGCAGUUGGUAGUGUGUUUUCUAGCCUAGGGGGAGAUCAUCACUAGACGGAAUAGACGUGACCGUGCGCCUAACACCCAAUUGAACCCAGCCGCAACCCAAGACACUUCCUAAGCAAACGGUGUCUCUUAUAGAUACGUCCGUUUUCAGCUACCAUCCCUUUCCUAAGACACACACACACACACAGUAAUGCAAAAGCAAAAUGUGAACUGAUCAACUUAUACAUUCAAACACCUGACCUAAGGACGCUAAGCGCGUGGUCUAAGCACACCACACGCAAGCGAGAAACCAACUGAACAGCGCAGACACAGCAAUCCAAUCACUAGCGAGAAAGGAAGUCAUUUAAACGGUUUUCCAUACCUUACCAACGUACACCAAGUGGGUGUGGCACGCUGCUCGACACCCAAUGUUUGUUAAUCACUUCUAACCGAACCGAUAGUGAGAUGGACGAACACCGAUGCGUUUUGGCCUGCAUCGGGGCAAAAAGUUGUCAAAAGAAAGGAAGUAUAAGAGGCCAAAUAUUAGCAUCGAGCAAACCCAACAAAAUCCGUAACCGUGUUUGUAUUAGCGAUAAAGGAAAAAAUGAGCAGCGUUGAACUAGCAAACAAAAAAAAAGAACAUAGAUGAAUGAAUUAUCUUUGCAAAUUGCGAUAGAAAAGUAUUUCACACAGUUUCACACACGCGCGGCACUUACAACACAAAACGUCUAACUGACAAAACAAACAAUGAAACAAAGACAAAGAAACAAAACAAAAAACGAAAGAAUACACUAGUAAACAACAGACAGCAGGCAACAUGAAUUACAUCUUUCCAUUAGCAUGACUAACCACAAAACCAGACAACCUGACAAACCAAACGUGCUAAGUAGAGAAGAAGAGAAGAAAAAGAAAGAACGAAUGUACGAAGCGAAGAUACGUUUGUGUGGAGGAAACAAUGAAGAAGUGCAGAGCAUACCCGUUAAUAGUGUGUGUAUGUGUGUUUGUGUGUUAUGGGAAGAAGAGAAAAAGACGGUAAUGAGAGAGAGAGAGAGAGAAAGAGAGAAAUUGUUUCGAGUUUGUUUUUACCUUUUUGAUCAUUUUUAAUCCUAAACCAAUAGAAUAUAAAAUAUAAACCUGUAUAAUCGAGUGAAAGAAUGACUAGACUUCGAAUUGAGAAGCUAGCGUAUGACAGCGGCUUAAAAAAAAAGAAGAAAUACCACUGCAGACAAGCAAACGGGCAGACUAGUAAUUAAAAACUACACACACACACACACACACAAAACAAACACACCUUUCCCGAAUAAAAAGAAAACCCCCCCGGUAGAAAAUAAAAGAAAAACUCACAAUCUCUAUCGCUCACUUACAACUAAACACUCUGAUUGCGUUGUUGCGUAAACGAACGAACUUAGUGUGUUUCCGUUUUUCCUGUCUGUGG